GGCCAGGCACCCCGGCCGCUCGGGAUUGGGCCUCCGAUCUGGCCCCGGCAACCCAGGGGAGGGUCCCCCUGGCGAAAGCGGGACGGGGUGCCCUGGGAGCCUCCGACCCAGCUAGGGUACCGAGCCCGGGCGAGUCUGGAGGCGGGCGAGUCCGCCUAGGCUGCCGAGAUUUGCCGCGGGCGCGCUUGUCGGGGGCGCGAGCGAGGGCCUCUGAGGGCUCCAGCGACCCCUCCCCCCAGGCGCCCACUCCCCUACCCUCCCAACAAAGGGGGCUUCUCCGCUCCACAUGUCAUCUCCUCCCUCCUCCUGGCCAUCUUUUCGCCUCUCUCUUCUGGCAGCAUCUCCAACGCCUGUAUGGUAGCUUCCGGAGCCAGAUGCCCUCCGGGCCAGCUCCCCCAGUGGGGCUCCGGGGAGCUCUCGCCCCGCCCCCUUCGGCGCGGGGGCCCCAGGGAGGGGCGGAGCAGCCCUUCCUUAGGGAAUGCAAACCUUCCCACUGGGUGCUCGGGCCCUGCCGGGUGGCUGGGCCUCCGCAAACACGCCGCCCUGCGGGGAGCGCGGUGGGAAAAAGCUCCUCCCAGGUCCCGCUCCCCUGCACGCACGGCCCUCACACGCUGCUCUCUUUUCCUGGUUUCCACCCGCGCCAGGUGAUGCGCAGAGCUGAAACCAUGGUCCAUCAGGUGCUCUACCGGGCGCUGGUCUCCACCAAGUGGCUGGCGGAGUCGGUUCGGGCUGGCAAGUUGGGGCCUGGCCUGCGGGUGCUGGACGCGUCCUGGUACUCGCCGGGCACCCGCGAGGCCCGCAAGGAGUACCUAGAGCGCCAUGUGCCCGGCGCCUCCUUCUUUGAUAUAGAGGAGUGCCGGAACGCGGCGUCGCCCUACGAGAUGAUGCUGCCCAGCGAGGCCGACUUCGCCCACUACGUGGGCCGCCUGGGCAUCAGCAACCAGACCCACGUGGUGGUUUACGAUGGUGACCACCUGGGCUCCUUCUAUGCGCCGCGGGUCUGGUGGAUGUUCCGUGUGUUCGGCCACCGCACCGUGUCGGUGCUCAACGGCGGCUUCCGGAACUGGCUGAAGGAGGGCCACCCGGUGACAUCUGAGCCCUCACGCCCAGAGCCGGCUAACUUCGAAGCCACACUGGACCGCUCCCUGCUCAAGACCUACGAGCAGGUGCUGGAGAACCUUGAGUCUAAGAGGUUCCAGUUGGUGGAUGCCCGGUCCCAAGGACGGUACCUGGGCACCGAGCCAGAGCCAGAUGCAGUAGGCCCUGAGCCCUCGCUGGCAGAGACGAGGGGGACCCCCGCCUCCUGGGGCUGGCCCAGUUUGGGAAGCCAGAGUCACGGAAACCCCCAGACUUCUCUACUCCCAAGAGGUGCCUUUUAUGCAACCAAGAAAGCAGGGGCGCUGUUGGCAUCGGGGACCAGAGGAAAGAAACAAGACGGCAUUCAGAACUCCACAGACACUCGCGCUUUGAAAUGCACUUCGUUCGGCCCACUGCCUGGAUGCCCAAAGAUUUCUAAGUUGGAUUUCUUGGCACGGGAGGCCCUUGAAGCCAACAGAUCCAUUGGCUUCUCCCUGGUAGGGGCGGCAGGCGUCCAGCCUCCGAUGAAAAUUUCCAGACGAAAAGAUAAAAUUCCCACAGGAAAGACUCCCCGGAAUGUAUAAGUGGAGACCUCUAUUCAGUCAAAGGAACCCCUGACUCAUGCCGGACUGGAUCCGGGCCACAUCCGAGGCUCAGUCAACAUGCCGUUCGUGGACUUCUUGACCGAGGACGGCUUCGAGAAGAGCCCAGAGGAGCUGCGUGCUCUGUUCGAGGCCAAGAAGGUGAAUCUGGCCCAGCCCCUCA